CAAUCGUUCCAAUUUUUCAGUUUUAGUCUGUGCCUAAACACCAAUUGAGUCUCAUUCGUAAUUCCAUCGUAUUUUUGAAAAUUUUUACAAGUUAGUUAAAGGAAAGUUGAAAAACGAUGAAUUGCUUGGAGAAUAAGUCGCUAGGGGAUGGUGAUAAGGCGGAGUGCAAGGGCAAGACCAUCGAGUUGAAUACGGGAUCGGAAUGUCCGGUUCCUAUAAUCUGUCCGCUGCCAACGGAACCACGUUCACACCGUUUGAAAAAACCACCACAACCCGCUCUUGUUGCCUUGACUCCUCACCCCGAUGAGGCUGCCCAACAGCACCUGGUGAUGAACAUUAUGGACGCCGCCCAGGGACACCACAAACUGCAGGCCGACCUUCAGGCGGGAGUUGACCAACAACAAAUGCAAAUGGCCGACAUUCGGGCUGAACAGUAUCAACAGUCGCAGAGGCCCAUAAGAACGGAGGAGGUGCAAUUUGCCCGCUCCAUGAACCCUGAGGCCGAUGACCUGCGGAAUCCGCCAUGCUAUUUGCCCCAGCAAGGUGAUGAGCUGCCCCACAAGGACCAGCUGAUGCCGAUGGGUCCAAUUGGGCCCUGGGCUUCAGGCAAAGUCGACUGGAGCCCCAUGGCCGGCAUUACUGGAACACGACCAGUUGUAGACCGUUACUCGAUCACCAGAUACAGUCCCAAUGAAUGGCGCACGAGAAAUCACGAGACAGUGCAGUUAAUCAAUGGAACUAUGGGAAGAGCAGAUAAAAAUCGCUUUAGUUCGACCACCGAGUUUCUUAGGCUUUCUGCCCAGGUAGCCAAAUCGCAAAAGGAGACCACCGACAAGCUGAGGAUCCGUUCGCAGUUGAUUGGCAAGUGGAAGAAUACCCUAGAGAAUGCCAUCAAGGCAAUGGCUGAUGAGAUAUCUACAAUGGAAGUAGAACGUAUAAAGCUGCGAAAAUCUAUGGUGGUUCUUGGCGUCCCAGAGUCUAUUGCAAAGGAGUGCAUUGAGAAGAGAUCAACAAGGCCUGAUACGGAAUUAGUUCGCGACCAGGUGGAGGAAGAGCUGGUCAACGAACUAGCUCUGAUCGCCGAGAUUCGAAGGCUACUGAUGAAAACCUUGGAUGACUUUAAUCAGCAACAGGUGGAAAAUCGUACAGCACGUCAGCGCCUUGAAUACGACUGGAGUGACAAGAAAGAGGCCUAUGAGAUUGAUACGCUGAACACGGGAUUGAACAACAGCUCGAGGACAAUAAUGUUCCGUCCGGGAGCUGUGCGACAACCACCGGAACAGGCAUCCGAAAAAUACUGGGAGCACUUUAGCAUGGAAACUUUGGACGAAUGCGAAAAAUGUCGCCUCAAAUCGGUGGCCCUUCGGAAUACCCUUAACGCGACUAUGAUGAAUGCGGCGAGGGAUAUUCGCACACAGGCUGAUGUCGUUGAGAAAGCUCUGACCUCCAGGAUCAAUUGCACCCAAGAGGCGGUGCAGCGUUUCGAAAACGACCUCAAAGACAUCCUCCAGGGCUUGGCCGAUGUGGAGAACCGCAUUGUGCAGAUGAAGCGCCGAAUUGGUACCUUCGAUGCCUCCAUGAAAGUGGCCCAAACUCGGAUGGAUAACCGCAGCUAUCGGCCCAAUGUGGAGAACUGCCGUGAUCUCGCCCAGCAGGAGCUCAUCGAUGAGGUGCACAUCAUCCAGAGCAGCGUCUCAGCACUACUUCAUGAAAUGCAGGAGGCGGAGCAGGUCAAAAUUGAUCUGGUCACUUCCCGUGCCCGCCUCGAGCGAGAGAUCAUGCUGAAGAGGCGUAGUCUGUUCAUCGAUAGGGAGCGUUGCAUGUUGAUGCGAUCGUUUUAUCCUUCAGCAAACACCCUGAGUGGUUCUGCUGCAACAUAGACCGCGAGUUUCUUUAUGUAAUUAUGUCCAAAUUACGAUGUACUACCAAUUUGAGAAAGGGGCUAAAUUGAUAAGUGGAGUUUAACAUUAAUGGUCUGAGUAAACGGGUAUCACAAAUUUUGAUGUUAAAUAUAUGAACAAAUGUUGUCCCUAACCAAUUUUUCAGAUAAA